AUGCUUGAUGAUGCAAUAGACCUGGAAAUAAAUCCAAAUUUUAUCAGGAUAACUGUUGGUCCUCCAUUGAUUGAGUUAAAACAGAGUUUGAUUAAUGACCUCAGCACAGACCAGUAUUAUGGAUACAUGAUUGUUAAUGCUAUCAGAUCUGGUGUUGUGCCUGACAGGCUUGCGAACUUACAGAUUGGACCUGUCACUCAAAAUGUAGAAGUUUACAAGCCUAAUUGGGUUAACAUCAAAGUAAAGCAUAGUUGGAUUGAUGAUCCGAGACAUGUUCUUUUUCAGCUGGAGCUUUUGAGAAACCAAGACAAAGAGGUAAUGCAGAUAGUAAUGCAUGUGGUAAGAAGAUCAGCUUGGUAUGCACAUUCUGAAGCUAUCAUCCAGACACUGAUUUGUAGUGACAAGGAGGAAGAAAGAAAAGUUGGAAUUGAAAAGAUUCUUGAAACCAGAGGAAAUGCAGAUGAGAAUGUUCAGAUGAGGGAUAUGAGUUUAAGCCAAAGGGUAACACCAAAGAUCAAUCCUGAUGCCAGCAGCCUACUUGAACUCAUUUAUUGGGAUUUUGAAAUGUAUGAAUCUCCUCUAAAUUGUAGCUUAACAACGGCUCAAGUCAAACAAUUUUUGCACACUCCAAUGAUAGUCCCAGACUGGCCCCUACACAUUCAAAGUAUUGAGAGAUGUGUCAAGAUGGUUACAGAGGCAAGUGAGCAUGUUUACAGUCAGGAAAGAAGGGAUGAAUAUAUUAGAUCACAGAUCAUAAAAAAACUCAUACCAUUUAAAAAAAGAGUUAACAAAGUAUAUGAUGAUAGUUACAAGACUUUUUAUAUGCAGCUGCAUUCUCAUAGUCUUUGUGCAUACCAAUUUUUAAGAAAAUGUGGACUAACACCUCCACACCCUAAAACAUUGAACAAGUAA